AUGAAAUCCAGUACUGGAGCAUUUGAAGGAGAAGCCAAGGCUUCAGUUACCAAGAAACUGAAGAAGGAAGCCACCUGCUCCAGCUGCCUGCAGCUGAUGACUGAUCCAAUGGUUAUUGACCGUGGGCACAGCUUCUGCCAUGUGUGUAUAAAGGGCAUCAUUGAGAACCAGAAGGGCGAAACCAACAGGUGGGAUACACGCCUGUGCUCUGUAUAUGCACCACUCCAAAUAGGGAGCCUCAGACCCAACAAGAAGCUGCAAAGCCUCGUCGAAACUGCCAAGAACAUGAGCUGUGAAAAGUUGUGUGAGGAACAUGGCGAGAUGCUCCACAUCUUCUGUGAAGAUGAUGACCAGCUCAUCUGCUUGUGCUGUGAACGAAAACCACAGCACAAAGGACAUGUCUUGGUUCUUGUUGAAGAUGUCUACCAAGAUUACAAGGAAAAGCUACAGAAAGCAGUGACAAAAGUGAGAGAAUAUGAGUCGCAAUGUAACAACCUGAAGUUGUUCCAACAAAAACAGAGAACAGAAUGGGAGGAGAAGGUCAAGCUUCAGAGGCAAAAAAUCCAGUCUGAAUUUGAGAAUCUCCGUAGCUUUCUGCACAAGGAGGAAAAUCAUUUUCUAAGGAGGCUGGGGGCAGAAGAGGAGCAGAUUCUGUGGCAACUGCAGGAAGGUGAAGACAAGCUGGAAAAACAAAGCCAGAAACUGCAAAAACACAUCCUGGAACUUGAGAGGAAAUGUCAGGACUCAGUCCAGAAUCUGAUGGAGGGUGUGAAACUCACCUUGAGCAGGAGUUUUGAUGUGAAGCUGGAAUUGCCAGAGGCCAUCUCUUUGGACCUUCAUACUGUGUGUAAUGUUUCUGAGCUUUACUUUGAUGUGAGGAAAGUAUUAAAGAGAUAUCAAGUCAGCGUGACUCUGGAUCCAAAAACAGCUCAUACUGACCUACUUGUGUCUGAGGAUGGGAGAAAGGUGACCGGUGGCUGUCCCCAGAAGAAGCCGCUCUCUGCCAGUAGAUUUACCUUCUACCACUCUGUCCUGGGCUGUGAAGGCUUCACCUCAGGAAGACAUUUCUUCGAAGUGUGUGUCGGAGAGGAAAGUGAACUGUGCGUGUUAGGAGUUUGUCUGGCCAAUGUGCAGAGAGACAUCAGCGUGAGGCUAAAGCCCGAGUGUGGCUUCUGGGCCAUCAGCCAGAAUAAAGACAAGGGCUUACAGGCUCUUACUGGGCGAGGACCUCCCCCGGUUCAGGAGCGUCUUUCCAUUGUGGGGGUUUUUGUGGACUAUGAGGCCGGUCUUGUCUCCUUUUACAACAUGGACACUGGCUCCCACAUCUUCACCUUCCCCAAGGCUUCCUUCUCUCACACUCUCCUGCCCUUUUUCAUGGUCUUCCCAUCGUCUUCUCUGAUCAUGUCUCCCCCAGAUAUGUCUGGAAAGAAGCAAAGUCCUCUCCACUGA